GCAGCUCAAGUAAGACAAGAACAAAGACACCAAGCGAAUAAAAUAUGUACUUCGUCAACCGUGGAACUAAUUUCUGGCUAUUUCCGCAAAGACGGAAAGUUCGGCGUGGGAACGAAGAACGAAAAAGAGCGAUUCGGCCGGCGGAGUGGUCAGUGCGCUGCUCUCAGGUAGUCUCUCAGGUGGACUGAAUGAAUCCCGUUAGGAGUGACGCGCGGCUCAGGUAGGCACAACCACCGCUACAGAUCCACGCCUAAUGAAGAAGGAAGGCUCUUCCUCCUCCGAGGCGGCGGCGGCGGCGGCAGGAGAGGAGAUGCGGGCAUGUGCAACAUGACCUGACGCUCAUUGGCUCGCCGCCUGCAGACCUGAGAGCUCGUCGUACCUGCCAGGGCCACUGCACUCGACAGACGGACGAACGCAACACAUCUCGAAACUCGCCACAAACACACACAGUGGAAAGUCACGAUGCAAGCUGCAAAAAGGGCAGCUGCAGCCCUGCUCCUCUGCAGCUCACUCCUCCACAAUGUGAUUGCAUUUCCCGCCGCGUCCUUGAUGGAACAAGAAUUAGACGGAGAUGACACGAGAAAAGUUUUGGGAUCAAGCGUGGUCACUUCCGUAUCCGUGAUAAUGGAUCUUGGGAACGGAUCGCAAACGUAUGCUGACCCAACCGGACGUCCCGUAGACAAGCCUGCAAGCGCUUCGCACCUGUCCAGCCCUCCUAGUCUCAUGUCCCCGGACAGAUACGAGUUUUAUACGUUCAACGACGCCGGCGACCUGGUCAAGAGAAUGAUGACUAUGGACGAAAUCCAGGGUCUGAUCGCCGGGGAGAGUGUUGAGAUUGGCUCUGACCUGCCGGGCAUGGAUCCUCAGGAUGUUGAGCCCCUCGAGGAACGUCCUACCUCGUUUUUCCUGCUGCCUAGGCCAUUGGAAAGAAACCCUGACUGGUCACCGCCUGGUGUCGACAAGGUGAUCAAGAAAGUUCAGGAUGUGCUGGCUGACGUCCAGAAUAGAAUCACCAUUGAGGAGAGCAGUCACGUGCCCCACUGGGGAAUCAACAGGCCCAACAUUCCUAACACUCCUCUGCACGCCACUCAAAAUAUUCCCGGCUCAACCCUGCACCUUUUGAAGGACACCCCCGAAAAGGUCAGCACUUUUGUUCCUCCAGUCUUCACAACCUCAAAGCCGACCGAGGAGGAGAUUGAACAAGUUGCGGAAAUUGCACCCAGCUCCACUCCAACUUUGGCGCCCGUUAGCGCUACCAUUGAAAUUUCCUCAACUUUGCCUGAAAAUCUCGUCAAAGUCUCAACAGAAAUGCCUCAAAAGUCGACGGAACCUCCAUCAGUGGCUCCAAUUUUGAAGACAACCACUCGCAUUCCUCCAGAAGAAGCAUCCUUCAUUCCUGUCUUCCAAGUCAAACCUGAUGUUGACCAACCAGCAAUCACAAUUCCGUCGACAAUCAUUGCUGAUUUGCUUGUGGAGGAUAUGUACGAAAAGAUCAAACACACUGAGCAAGAUGCAACCUCAAAGCCUGUCCAAGUUGAAGAGCGAACCAGCACAACCUCAGCUGCCAGUUCAACAAGCCCAUCUACAGUUACAAGUUCCACAAGCCCCAAGCCAAUAUCCACCACUCAGAAAAUCCCACCUCCAACCACAUUUGCCAGUUCAACUAGACCCAAACCAAUUUCCACCACUCAGACGGCCCAACCAUCGAUCAUUGUUGCCAGUUCUACAAGCCCAAAGCCAGUGUCUACCACUCAAAGAAUUCCACCAUCAACCACUCAAAAGGCAACCACAGUUGAACUCGAGACGCCGCAGAAAACCACAUCAAAACCUCUGCCUACGAUGGUGAAAGUAGAAACUCAAACUCGAGUUGCGAUCAAGACUACCGAAUCUGCUACAAAGCCAACAACUGCUGCUUUGAUGCAGAAAAUAAGCAGCACAACCGAAUCUCUGAGAACUCAAGCAUCAUCAACAACUUCCAGUCCUGCCAAACCAGUAACUUCUGCAACCACGAUUGAAUCUUUCAAUAUCACCGAACCCUCAUCAACGAAGGCGCCCUCAACUGCUCUGCCCAAUUCGCAAAGCAUUUCUGGCUUUUAUCUCACCACUCAUAUCACCCCUACCGAGGCUCCGAAAACUACGACCCAGGCUCCUGUUAAAGUGAACGUCUCCAACGUCAUGUUCCCCAAUAUGGUGGCCAGUGACUCGGUUCUAACAUCAGCUGCUCCGGUGCAACUGAAGCAGAACACCAAUGUUCCUAUUACUGCUCCCACCACUUCUGCGCCUAGCAAGGUCACAGUUCAGACAACUUCACCCUCUAAAAUCACAAUUCCCACCACUUCUGCGCCUAGCAAGGUCACAGUUCAGACAACUUCAACAUCUAAAAUCACAAUUCCCACGACGAAAACACCAGUUAAAGUGACCACUGAAGUUGUUCCUGCCCCUGUUUUUGAUGCCCAACCUGAAUCUGAUUAUGCAGAUUUUAUUGCCCUUCCAACUGAGACUACUCGACGCCCAGCUACGUCAACACCAAAUGUGCCAGAAAAAUUAACUGAAAAAACCACUUCUUCGCCAAUAGUCACUACUGUCUCUACCACACCAACAAAGCAGGUUUUCACGCAAAAACCUGUAAAUAUUCCUAAAAUAACACUUCCUCCUUUCGAUGACUUGAAAAUUCAAAUGGAUCAGAUAACUCAGUCUCUCACUGAUAAAAAACCCACUCUCUUACAACAAACGGAUAAAAGGCCAAUUGUCUCCUCUUUCUCAUCUACGACUGUUGCAUUUGGUUCGUCAGCUGGCCCUGUUCAAACUGGUAAAACUACUGUUCCUCCUAAAGUGACAAGCCAAGUUUAUACUACAAUGAAACCCUCCACAACCACUUCGCAACCAACAACUAGCACAACAGAAGCGUUCACAGAAUCUGUGAUUUUUGAAACUCAGAUGACCACUGUUAAUGAGCCCCCAGUAGCCGAUAACUUGGUCAUGGAGGACAUUACCUCUAAAUCGUCUGAUUUUGAACUGACCUCGGAAGUAUCAGGAAUCGAGGCAGACGCCACCGAAAGCAAUUUUGACGGAAUCGAAAAUGAUUUUUCAGAACAAGAGUCCGAUGAGGAAGAAGAAAAUUUUGAAAGUACAGAAAGGAUUGAAACCGACGAUGAAGUUCCUUUCCUGUCUCAAAUCUUCGAUGAUGUUUCUACUUCACAGUCCAGUGAAGAAGAGGAAGAUGUCAAAAUUACAACUUCACUACCAGUAAAAACUACUGUGAAACCUACAACCACGCAGAGCACCUCAACAGUGGCGCCUGAAACAACAACCACUCAAAAAUUGUUCAUUAACACAAAUAAAACUCCCCCAACCAAUACUCCUUUAUAUGAAAGUCCCAGAACUGAAACUCCUACCACCAAAAUUCCCACAACUAGAGCCCCUAUUACUACUACAACCUCCCUAAAAGUUACAAGUCCAGCGUCUUCUACAACCAAAAUAAUUACCACCUCUGCAAAAGUCCAGCCGCAGUUGAAGGCCACCCAGGCACCGCCAGCAUCCUCCACUGUUGGCAAGGUAACAGUUAGUCCUUCUUCUGGUUUUGGGUCAAGUCAGUCAAACACGCAAACUACCAAACUAGCCUCCUCUACUAGUCCAGUUACUAAAACCACUAACCCGCCGGCGAAUGCGGAUGAUUCGAGCACAGAGGAGAUGGAAUUGGUGUCGACCACCGAGUACGUGGUGAGUCCCACGACAAUAAAGCAUGCGUCCACAAUUAAACUGGACACUAGCAAGGGCCCUGGCGCGAGUAGCAUGCAGCCUGUCGUCAACAAGCUUGACAGGGAAAAGAUUAAAGAGGUUUUGGAUCAGAUUCUGGACACGGCGGGCAUUCUCAAUUUGGGCGACAGCUCCGAGGAGGCGGUCAGAGAGGAAAUUUACACCACUUUCAUUCCAGCGUCCACCACUGUGAAAAACACCUCCCCUCAGCCCGCAAAGAACACCACCUUCCCAAACAAAAUACAAACCACCCUGACUAAACCUACGAAAAACCAGACGAUUCCUGUGACCACGACUGAAAAACAGACACUUGUCACUGAAAACAUUACCGACCUGGAAGUUAGCUGGCAGGAGCCUCCUGAGGUCAUUUGGACGGCGGAAAAGAACGCCUCGAGCAACAAAAAACCACCCGUGAAACAAGCAACGACGACCACUGUUGCUCCUACCAAGAAACCGACUGACAAAGAACCGACCACCCUGACCAAGUCGAACGACGACGGCAUGGAGCUGAUCGCCUCCAGCGACAAAAUCCGCCCCUCCACCCCAUCCAUGCGGCCCCGACCCAAACCCUACGCAGACUCGGCGCCACCGGUUGAGCUGAAGGCGGCGUCAAUCAAUAACCUGGGCCUGGAGGCGACCACCGUCACGCUGGACGAGGACGUGCGCCGCUUCAUUGACCUGAGCAAUGAUAUCGGAAUCCGCCUCUACAAACACACGACCUCUGACCUGGACAAAAGACGCAGCAUCGCCAUCUCACCCUUCGGCGCCACCUCCCUCAUCGCCAUGGUCUUCAUCGGCGCCCGAGGCCAGACCUCUGCACAAAUCAACGACUUCCUCCCCUUCGACGACAUGAUCACCUUCAACCCCCACCUUGUCAUGAGGAACAUCACCGACUCGGUCAUCAUGAGUCCUGACCUCCACUCUGCCGCCAUCGUCAGAGAGCUCUACAGCCAAAAGGGAAGCAAAGAACCUUUGGACUUCUAUAAGGCGCGCGCCAGUGCGUUUUACGACGGCCUGAUGCAACAAGUAGACUUCGAGGACAUUGCCAAAGUAGUCAGGGUGCGCACGAAUGAACUGGUGAAAACGCAGACCUCGAACAAAGUGCCUCUCUUCUUGGGAGACGCUGCCGUUUUGCGCCUCAACCCGCCUUUUGCCGCACUCAGCGCCAACGUUUUCCAGAUGGAUUGUACUCUUUCGACAUCGGCUGGAAGAGACGGCGAAAUGACCUUCCACGGAGAAAAGAAUGAACACGUGUUGCCCGCGGCUGUGUGGAGCGGCGAGUUCAUGAUUGGCUAUGAUGUCGGACUAGACGCAACCGCCGUAGAAAUUCCGCACUCGAACUCUCCAACAGGCGCCCUCACCAGCACCGUUUUCGUCAUGCCCGGCAAGCCAGGAACCAACAGUUUUGCCGGCGUGCCCCUGUUGGCGCGGCUGGAGGCCAGACUGAUCUCCAGACGCGCCUGGUCUGGGCUGCUGAGGAAUCUGCAGCGAUCGGAACACGCCAUUGACGUGCAAGUGCCCAGAUUCGAGCACCGCUCAGUCCUCAACUUGACCGUCCCACUGAGCAGGAUGGGCCUGAAAGACGUGUUUGUUGAGGGGAAGGCCGACCUGAGAGGCGUCAAUGGCAUCCAGGAGCUCUACCUGAGUGACAUAAGUCAGAUGAACGUUUUCUCGUUGUGCUCAACGCCGGACGCCGAGGGUCACGUGGAGACGUACCCUUCUUCAAAAAGGACUGGGCGGCUGGGAAGUCGCGGCGGCGAGGAUUACGAGGACGAUUAUGACUGGCGAACCGGCAGUUUGCUGAAGGUGCCGCUGCCCCUGCGGCCGCGCCAGGCCAGGCUGCCCGCGUCCGAGAACUCAAGACUUAAGAUCGAUCGACCCUUCCUCUACUUCAUCAGACACAACCCGACCGGCAUGAUUCUGCACAUCGGCAGGUUCAAUCCCCGCGACGAACCCUGACUUUCAUUCAUUUGUAAAGACUUGAUUGCUUAAUUGUUAGUGCCCCCGCCUAUAUAUUGAGAUUUUUGCCGCUCACUUGACGACGAGACAAAAAGUGGCCGGCAAAAAUUGUUGCUGUAUCUUGACCAAAUGAUUCAUUUAUGCCGAUUGCUUGGUUGACAUGUUGUUUCUUAAGAAAUACUUCUAAUUUUUAGGGUGUGUAAAUAUUAGUAAUUUAUUAAUUGUGCUAGGCAGUGUGUUAUUUAUGAGCAAAUUAUGUUGUCUAUGUGAAUGUUAUGAUUUUUAAAUAAUAAAACAAUUUGAAUUAAAAUCUUUUUUUAACAAUGG